ACCGCCACCUGCCACACUGCUGCCUUGCACCAUGUAUUCAUGCUUCAGCUCCGGGACCCAAGGAACUCAGAAUGGCAACCAAAAGCAACUUCUCGCCGUUCAACCCAGCAUCCGGAGACUGGGAAGCGUACGCCUCCCAUUUCACCUUGCUCCUAGAAGCCAAAGGGGUCACCAAUGAAGAAGACGCCAAGAAGAGAGCAAUAUUCUUCAGUGUCUGCGGAGAGGAGACGUUCGAAAUUGCCCAGGCUCUCCUUGCGCCUGAAGACGUCGCUACUGUUCCUUACAAAACAAUAAUGGAACGGCUGAAGGGGCACUUCUCACCACAGCCCUUGGUGGUGGCCCGUACAGGGAUUGACAGAGAGAUAGAGCCCUCGGUGGUAGCUCUUCGAAAUGCCUUCUACGCAAAGCGGCAAGCCCCUGGGGAAACCAUAACUGGGUUUGUGACCUCCCUCCAUCAAGCUGCCCAGUUCUGCAACUUCUCAGAGUUGGAGAACAUGCUUCGUGACCGCCUUGUCGGUGGCCUGAAGGAUGAGAAGCUGCAACGACGCCUCUACGCCAAGAAGGACCUAACGUUCCAGGUUGCGCUGGAGGAGGCCCUGGCAACGGAAGCUGCCGAGAGGUCGACGCAAGAGACACGGCCAAGCCUGCCAUCCCGGCUGAGGGUCCACCACAAAGACCUUGCCAAAGACUCAGGAUCCGACAGGGAGGAGGUGCACCGAGUACAGCGGCGCACUCAAGCAGCGCAAAGACCACAGCUGCCUCGACGAGAAGGAGUGAACUGCACAAGCUGUGGGGAGAGUCACGAGAGGAAGACCUGCCGUUUCCGCAACGCAGAGUGCAGGCAGUGCAGAAAAUUGGGACACAUUGCCCGGGUGUGUCAGGCUCAGCCCACCCGACGCCAGGCAUUAGAUGACCAAUCCAAGAACCCCAGGCCCCGGGGCCCAACACACCAAGGCAACUCGACAGAGAUAACAGACUGCCAGGGAUUCCAGGCGUCACCCCCUUCUUCGAUGAUGUGUUGAUUGCCGGGCCCACGCCAGAGGAGUUUGAGGACUGCCUCCGCACCGUUCUGCACCGUUUCCAGACGGUGGGUCUCAAGAUGAAGCAAGAAAAGUAUCUACUAGGAGUGCCUCGGGCGGACUUUCUGGGAUUUAUGGUGGACGCAGAAGGGGUCCACCCGACUUGGGACAAGGUACGGGCCAUUUGUGACGCCCCAGUGCCCAAAGGCAAGACUGAACUUCAGGCCUUCUUGGGACUACUGAACUUUUACCAUUCCUUCCUUCCCCACAAGGCGGUGGUAGCGGAGCCCCUACACAGACUCCUGGACAAGCGGGCCCCUUGGGUGUGGGGCCAGCACCAGGAGGCCGCAUUCCAGGCAGUCAAGGACUUGCUCGUCUCAAACUCGGUCUUGGCACACUUCGGCGAGAGGCUGCCAGUGGUACUAGCAUGCGACGUCUCGCCCUACAGAAUCGGCGCUGUCUGAUUGGUCCUAGAACAAUAGGAUCCAGAAUGCAGCAGUCUGAUUGGUCCGCAGGAGCCACCCAAUCCAACUCCAGGUGGAAGUGAAUCCGCAACCUGAUUGGCCUACAGGAGAAUCCCGGAAUUAGCCAAUCACGUGGGACCCAUUGUGUAAAUGAUGUAUAUAAAGCAGACAUUUUGGGGGGAACUUUCAUUCCUCACUACUAUGAGCUGAA